AUGGGAAUUCCUGGGAUACUGAAAGAAAUAGGCAAAGGGGAGCGAGUCGCAUUGGCAAAGCUCGCGGUAGACCAUCUUGAACAAUCACAACGACCUUUACGGAUAGCUGUUGAUGCCGCCAUUUGGAAUUUCCAGACUCAGGCCAGCCAGGGGGGGAAGAAUCCAGCGUUAAGGACAUUGUUUUAUCGAUUAUUGAAAUUACUUGCUUUGCCCAUUCAUCCAGUUUUUGUGUACGACGGCCAGAACAAGCCCCUCACCAAGCGCGGCAAGACGGUCUCCGGAUAUGGCACAUGCAUUUCCAACGAAAGGUCCAAAAAGCUCAUCCAGGCAUUUCGAUUUCCUCACCACACGGCGCCGGGCGAGGCGGAGGCGGAAUGUGCUAUGCUGCAAAGCAAAGGGAUUGUCGACGCCGUCAUGAGCCAAGAUGUGGACGCCAUCAUGUUUGGCUCCACUCGGACGUUGAGAGAUUGGUCCAAAGAAACUUCCAAGCACAGCAAAUCCCCAACCCACGUCAAUGUCCUCGAUAUCGACCAGCUCCAGUCGUUGUCAAGGCUGGACCCGGAUGGAAUGAUCCUCGUGGCUCUGCUGGGUGGUGGUGACUAUGAUGAAGUUGGGGUGGCUGGUAUUGGCUCCACACUGGCCUGUGAGAUAGCACGAGCUGGUUUCGGCUCUGAGCUCUUGGGCUGUGUCCGGAGAGGUGAUGAAGUCGGCGUCCGAGAAUGGCGCGAACGACUGCAAUUUGAACUCCAAACCAACGAAAGCGGUUAUUUCAAGAUCAAACGCAAAUCUGUCCAGAUUCCCGACACAUUUCCUAACCGCCAGAUCUUGGGCUACUAUAUGAAUCCUGCCGUCACUCCCGAGGACCAAUUGGCCGAGUUAGAAGGGCAGUGGCUUGAGGCAUGGAAAUCUGAAAUCGAUAUUCCGGCUCUGCGAGACUAUGUGGGAGAAACAUUUGAAUGGCUCUAUAAACCAGGAGCGUGGAAAUUUGUACGGGUCAUGGCUCCAGCCUUGCUUGCCAAUCGACUACAUCGCGGCACAGCUAGAUCUGAUAUUCAAUCGGCAGAUCAGAUCACCGAGCGACGGAAACAUUUCGUGAGCGACGGUAUUCCGGAGCUGAGAGUGACCGCGGUUCCAGCCGAGGUCGUUGGCCUUAACCUAGACGCGGAAGGAGACAGUCCAGCAUAUCUAAAGAGUCUUGCGGCAGAUGAGGAGAGUGGGAAUAAUCCAGAAGCUGGCAAUGCCGAUGAGGAUGGUCCUGUUCCUCAAAGUCCUUCCAAAAAGCGAAAAACUCCUCCCUGGUUACCGGACGCACCCGAAAAGAUGUGGAUUCCUGAGGCUAUAGUGGAGAUGGGCGCUCAGGAGUACGUCGACAGAUGGAGGCAAAUACAGGAGGAGCUUAAGAAUGAUCCCAAAAAAUUUGCAACUCGCAAAUGUCGGAAGCAGAAAGAGACCAAGCAACACAAGGACACGGGCGGAACCCAAGUUGGGACAAGACUGAAUUAUGUUGUCCCGUCCAGCGAUGUGGCCGCCCUACCAGACAUGACCAGCGCUCCGUCGCCACACCGACCUCGAGCAAAUAUCGGCGCACACCGUGUGCCCAGAAUUCCCACAAAGCUGGGAUCCAGCCAACUCAAAAAUGCCAGCUCGUCGAGCCUACAAGAUUAUUUCAAACCUAGCAAGAGCCGAUACUUCCCGGAUGCCACACAAAGGAUGUCGGGAUUAUCCAAGGACUCUUCGCCCAGUCGUCGUACAAACGCCGCCGGCGGUGAGAAGGAAAAUAUGGACAUACUGCUCCAUGAGACUGCUGCCGAGAAGCACUCGAGAUCUCCAACGUCGAGCUCGUCGGAAGGUAUCCGGCAAGUUAUGAAAAGGUCGACCAGAACCCGGACUAAAGGUCGUCCUCAUAUUCAGCUUUCCAGUGAAAAGCCGACAUGGUCGCUGAAGGCCGAUUCAAAUUCAGCGUAUGCCCUAGCCUCGAACCAGAACACGUCCCCAGAAGAAAUCUUGCUGAAAGAAUCAAUCGUUAUAACUUCGUCACCGAUUCAGAGAGGCAUCGAGUCAACAAAGAGGCAUCUUGACAUUGGUGAUACAACAGCCGAUGGUCUUCAAAAUAUCAAAGGCACCGUCACGCCGCACAGGAGCGGGAAGGCCGGAAAGAAAGACCACGUGUCGGCCAAAGCGGCAUCGACCACCGGUGAUCCUGACCAAACGAAACCACCCAUUGAGAGUUUCUCUGCUCCGUACAUAGCAGCCAAUCAGCAAAAGACCUCGUCUGCAGAGGUCCAAUCGGUUGUCAUCCCCCCUGAUUUAACCACGGGACUAACGACAACGUUUUCAGCCACUCAUGUCCGUGCGAUUCCUCGUUCAAGCCUCCCAGGAACUUGGAAGGAAGCCGAGUGUACAUCAGUCCCAAGUUCACCCUUGGAACCGUCAGAGCGGUCACGAGGUCCUCGAGUCAGUGUAGUCGACCUGAUCGGCAACUAA